CCCGGAAGUGCAACUCGAACUUGGUCGCGGCACCGAUACGGUGAGGGAAAGUCCUCGCCGCCUCCGGAGUUGCACUCGCGAGCUGGACGGCCAGGCCUCCCCGCGCCUCCCCCCUCAGCCCUGCAGCUGGGGGCAGAGCUCAGACUGUCUUCUGAAGAUUGAUGUCUAUUUCCUUGAUCUCUUUAAUUUUCUUGCCAAUUUGGAUAAACAUGGCCCAAAUCCAGCAGGGAGGUCCAGAUGAAAAAGAAAAGACCACAGCACUGAAAGAUUUGUUAUCUAGGAUAGAUUUGGAUGAACUAAUGAAAAAAGAUGAACCACCUCUUGAUUUUCCUGAUACCCUGGAAGGAUUUGAGUAUGCAUUUAAUGAAAGGGGGCAGUUAAGACACAUAAAAACUGGAGAGCCAUUUGUUUUUAACUACCGGGAAGACUUGCAUAGAUGGAAUCAGAAAAGAUACGAGGCUCUGGGAGAGAUCAUCACAAAAUAUGUAUAUGAUCUCCUGGAAAAGGACUGUAAUUUGAAAAAAAUCUCAAUUCCAGUAGAUGCCACAGAAAGUGAACCAAAGAGUUUUAUCUUUAUGAGUGAGGAUGCUUUGACAAAUCCACAGAAACUGAUGGUUUUAAUUCAUGGUAGUGGUGUUGUCAGGGCAGGUCAGUGGGCUAGAAGGCUCAUUAUAAAUGAAGAUCUGGACAGUGGCACACAGAUACCUUUUAUUAAGAGAGCUGUGGAUGAAGGAUAUGGAGUAAUAGUACUAAAUCCCAAUGAAAACUACAUUGAAGUAGAAAAACCGAAGAUGCACGUACAGUCAUCCUCUGAUAGUUCAGAUGAACCAGCAGAAAAACGGGAAAGAAAAGAUAAAGUGUCCAAAGAAACAAAGAAGCGACGUGAUUUCUAUGAGAAGUAUCGUAACCCCCAAAGAGAAAAAGAAAUGAUGCACUUGUAUAUCAGAGAAAAUGGUUCUCCUGAAGAACAUGCAAUCUAUGUUUGGGACCAUUUCAUAGCCCAAUCUGCAGCUGAGAAUGUAUUUUUUGUUGCUCACAGCUAUGGAGGACUUGCUUUUGUGGAACUGAUGAUUCAACGAGAAGCUGAUGUAAAAAGCAAGGUAACUGCUGUGGCAUUGACAGACUCUGUUCACAAUGUGUGGCAUCAAGAAGCUGGCAAAACGAUCCGAGAAUGGAUGAGAGAGAACUGCUGUAAUUGGGUUUCUAGCUCAGAACCAUUAGACACGUCCGUGGAGUCCAUGCUGCCUGACUGUCCUCGCGUCUCUGCAGGCACCGAUCGGCACGAGCUCACUUCCUGGAAGAGCUUCCCGUCCAUUUUCAAAUUCUUCACGGAAGCCGCGGAGGCCCGGAGCAGCUCCCAGAAGCCGGCCCUGACGCGACGCUCCCACCGAAUAAAGCACGAGGAGCUGUGAGGGGCGGGCGGGCGAGCGGGCGGGCGGGGCGCGGCCGGAGCCUCGCGGGAGCGCACCGGCGCGUCGCCUCCCGGCCCCUCAUUAGAUUGUUUCCUUCCCCGAGCACGGGGUCGUGCUAUAUACAUCUAAAUAGCGUUUUGCAUUAUUUCUAGAUGAGUGCAACUGUCAAAGCAAUAUGGGUUCUCUGGUCGUGCUUCCUGCGGGCUGAGCUCGGGCUUCGCGCCGCCCGUCAGCGCGCAGAUUAAGGCUGACAGCGCCGUGCCCCGCGCGGCCCGCGCGCCUCUAAUUGCCCCGGCCGAGCCUCGCCGCGCCGCGGGCCGCGCGGGGGCUGCGCGGUGUCCGCGCGGUCCUUCCGCCCGCCGCCUCGCGCCCCCUCCACCCGCCCCGCGCUCCCCUCGCGGGAACGCCGCGGGCUUUGCUCCUACACUCACACGAACAUUUUAACUAGGUUUUACUCCGAGGCUGAGCGCGUCUUCCUCGCUCUCCUCCCCCUCCGCCCCUCCCCACGAAAUGCCAAAUUUCCAUGCAGAACAGGAAGGCUGCGGCGCGCUUGGGCUGUGGAGAGGGCGAGUUGUUCUCGCCCCAACCAUCGAUUUUCAGUUCGGGACCACAAGACAAACUUGGCGUAAAACGCUAUGAAGUAUUGAGUCCGCAUUGAGGCUGAAAUACCCUGCCACCUGAAUGGGAGACUUCACACACACCUCUAAUUUCGUGUUGAAACAUGAUGUGACGGCAGAUCUGUUACAUAUAGGUGUAAAAAGGUCUCAUUUUCAGUGGAAUUUCCAACUUCGUUACAAGAAUUGGCUUUAUUAUAUGUCUGUGUGUGUGUUGUGUACUGAAUAGGAUUGCAAUGUAGAUGACAUACUUGAGUUUUGCUUUUAUAUCUUAUUGUAGGAAAAAAAAAAAAAGAUGAUGGUUAAUCCCUCCUAGAAUGAUCUACUUUAAGUUUUCCUGGAGGUAGGCUGUUUUAGAUGGGGAAUUUUUACUGCCCUGAGGAAAAUGAAGCUUCAUUGUCUGGAAUCUUUGUUUUCUUCUGAAAGGCUUGUUACAAGGGCUAAAAUUAUUUUUCCCCAUUUUCUCUUCUUUAGUAGCAAAAGAGAGACGGUAUGGACAAUUGUCUUUCAGUUUUGUGGUUGCAUUUAACCACAUAAAAACCUGUAGGAUUUUGCCUUAUAGUUUCGACAGUGAGUAUGUUAAUCCAGCUAAGAUCUGGCCAACACUGUGAAAUACAAAAGAUAAAAUAAGUUAGCGUUUUGGCUGUCAAAUUUAAAUAUUAAAUUAAAAUUCAGCCUAAUCAAUAUUUAAUUACUUGAAGAAUUCAAUUACCUAGAGAAGAUCAUUUCUAAUGAUCUGAAUUUAAUACUUCUCAUCCUUUUUAAAAGUGUAUGCAACAAGUAAUAUGCCUGCCUUAUUAGAGAACAUGAUAAAAUGUACCCAAAAUGACUUAGAAUUCUCUAAUUCCUCAGAGAAACAACCUGAAACCAACCAUCUCAUGGAUGAAUGUUUUUAUGUCAUGAACCAAUUUCAACAAGUUUUAGAACGGAUUAAUAUCCCAUGCUGCAUUUGGCAUAUAAGAAUAUUCACUAGUACUAUAGUUUCAAUGGUGAUAAAGUGAUCUGUUUUCAGUGGUCAUGUGUACAUAUCUGUUGGUGUUACUUAAGCAGAAACAAAAUAGGAAGAAAACUCAAAAUGGCAUUUUAUCCAGUUCUGGAUGAUUCAAAAUGUGUAACUCCAAACAAUAUCAAGCACACUAGUCUGUGAUAUUGACCCUUUUGUCUGAUAUAUUUUAGAAGUAAUGUGAGAGAAUUUGAGACUUGAUAUGGAUGAAAUAUAUUUUUCCAAAUGUUAUAAAUUGUGUGUUGUUUUAAAUAUAUGAAAUUGUUCACAGGAAACUAAUUUUGUAGCACUAAGAAACAACACUUGUGCAAUGCUAAAUUUGUGAAGCUUCUGCAGCUGAAUUAAGCAAAGAAAAUAUGUUCAGCAUAUAAACCAAAUGACUCCUGUUCCUCCUCUCCAGUUUUCUCACCUCUAUCUUUUAAGACCUUGCAUAGAGGAAAUCACUGUUUAAAUGCCUUUAGUACAUUAAAACUGCUGGAUUGAAAGGCCUUGUUUAACUAUCUGUAGAGAACUAUUUGCAAACUUAAGUUGUGUAAAUGUAAUUUCUACUUGUGGAUCUGAGCUCUAACAAUCCUGGGGGGAGCUAGGUAAACUGUGCCAGACCACCAACUGAUACCUGAUCAAAUUCCUUAGAAUAGACAGAUUUUAAACUGUUGAUUUAUGUGUCUGUUGGUAUAAAUGUAAUUAUAUUGCUUGCUUCAGUUUUACUGAAAUAGCAACAAGCAACUGAUUGUAACCCCAUCUGCUCUGGGGCAGCCAGUGUUUCAGUGUUUCUGCUCUAGUCUUCUCCCAUUUUGGUUUGUGUGAACAGGUUUUUAGUUGAGUAGAGGGAUAAAGUUAGGAUGCAGGGAAAUUUAUUUUAAUUAUACACUUAGUUUUUAGAGCAAGUUGAAUGAGAACGGAGGUGUUGGUAAAUCUAAGAUUCAAAAUAGUGCAGUUGAAACUUAAAAGCCAGAUAAUUGCUUUGGGACUUUCUAAAGGUAUCUAACCACACAGUCCUUAAAAGUCUUCUGGAUAUUUAAAAAGGAGACCAUCCACUUAUAAUAGCAGAUUUCUGCCUUGUGCUUCAACCUGGAUUGCUUUCCUAUUUAUAUGUCAAAAAACAUGGAGCACAAAGUUAGCUAUAUAUUAUAUAUUUCUGUUCACCAUUUUAAAAUAGAAAUGCAGCUUACCUAACAGGCAGUGGUGCAUUAUUCCUGGUCAGAAAUUCCUUUAUUCACCAGUUGUAUAGAGGACUUUAGAGCUCAAAUGUAAAUGGGAUGAUGGCACAGUGUUCAUCAGUAUUUUAAGCUUCGCAGCUUCUUAUUUUUAAUAGUAUUAUUAUUAUCAUAAUGGUAAUAGUGCUGUACUGUCUUAGCUUCACUUAAGUACUGGCUUGCAUCUUUCAUAACUUAACAUUUUAAGUCAUUUCACUUAGUAUUUGAAAUACUUCCUUGACCAGGAAAUUCAGACAAGUAUCCAUCAACUAUUAUUUUUAAAAUAAACUUCAACUUACCAUAAAUAAGUAUGUUUCCAAAGGAAGUCUGGUGAGAUGAAUUUGCUUCCAAACUCCUGUCCAGAAUACUUUGUCCAAUCUGAAACAAACUUUGUUUCACAGCAUUUCUUUCUUAAAAUCUGUAACUCCUCUGAGAGAUUUGGGUGGCAAGAUAUGUUAACUAUAUUAUGUCUGCUAAAAAGAUUUUUUUUUCACAUUCUUAUGGAUUAUCUGGAGUUCCAAUUCAAACACCCUGUCAAAAAAAAAAAAAAGAUCAGAGCUUUUACUAUAAACUGAGAGGUUCCUUUUGGUGGCUGUUCCUAAUUCAUUUAGGAAAGAUUACUAUUACAACAAGUGAAAAAAUUCUCAAAAACUUUCCCCAUGACGAGGGGGUGGGGGGCAAUGUCUUUAAAUAAAUGUGAGACAUUCUCAUCUUUGAAAAUAUGGGUGGCAAAAAAGGGGCUGAUAAUGGUAGUAGUGAUUUUAUGAUUACUUAUUAGGCACUAUAAUAAUAUAAAAUAAAAGACUCCAGGAGGUACUCCCUUUCAAAAAUUGAAUACUUUCCUUCCUUCCUUGUAUAGAAUGACUGAGUGGGAGUCUCUUGAAUUGUUCAUCUUCCUUUUAUCUAAUAUUCUAUUAAUCUCCAAAAAGAUCAGUUUGAGUCUGGGAAAAGGUUUUUAAUCAACACUUCACAGAGCUUAAAGCUACCCUACCUAAAGCAUCAGCUUUGCUAGGUGGUUUUAGAUUUAAAGCAUUGCAACUGUCAUGCACUGUACUAAAAUAAAGAAUAUACACCAAGUGGAAGAUUUUGAAAAGAGGGCAACAGCACAAAGUCGAUUAACGGAGAGCCAAGAAUAGAAGUAGUCAUCAAAGCAUUCCAGCAUUUAUCUUGAAAUCUAUGUAGGGUUAAAAAAAAAAAAGCAACAAUGAUAGUUUUAAACCUCACACUUAGGAGGAAUGAAUGUUGAUUUAAUUGAUUCAUUUGGAUCGAUGUUUUAAAGUUUCACACCACUGAUCUUUCAUGUAGUGAUGUCUUUAGCAGUCAGUAGUCUGACAAGAGCCUUCUCAGAUUUCAUCCGUGGAGCUCUCCAUGACAUCGAAAAUUAUGCAACAGCUUUUGCAAUGGUAACUUUGGAAUUGGGAGACCUCAAGGCCAACAUUCAUGAUUUAAUUGAAGAACCCUUGUUCAUCCUUAGCACAAAGGUUUUCUAGGUACAAUAACUGAGUGAACCACAAAGGUAAAGUUUGCAAGAUAGGAGAAGGCUGUGCUGAAAGUUUGAACAUUAAGCAGACAUGAUAGAGUAACCAGUAUUUCGCCUCCCAUGUAAAAAGUUUGGCUUUAUCCAAGAGACCUUCCAAACAACUUUUCCCCAGUCCUUUGCCUUGAGAUUUGUGGACACCUUUUACUAUAUUCUUUUUAUUGUUGAAAUUGAAUUCUGUUUUAAACAGACAUGAAAUGUACUUCUAGGAAGAAAUCUAGAGAAGUCCUGCCUCUCUCCAGAUCACUCAGCUUUUCCUUCCUUGACUAUUAUCUUGAGUAAUAUGGGCGAUUUUCAUAAGUAAAAUGUUGAACUGUACUUGUGGCCAGCUUGCAGUACCAAUACAAAGAUUCUGAAAUGAAAAAGACAACCAACACCCCAAGAAUGAUAUGUCUCUUUUUUAAAGUUUACAAUUUGAAUAAUGAACUUGGAUAGAAACUUGGCAGGAAAACAAACCAUGGCACCACCGCAUCACCAACCAUUUUCACUUUUCUGUCCAAUUUCAGAGUGCAUGUGUUUGUGAGUAUUUCACUAGAUCAGUGACAGCUCUUUAUUUGCAUAAUUAUAUGCUCUGGUCUGAAGAGAAAACUAACCCCCAAAUUUCAUGGGUCACCAAACUGCAACAAUCAAUGUUUUAUCACGUAUGCUAAGCAAAAUCUAAGACGCUAUAUGAAGUUUCUUGGGGAGUUUUUACUCCUCAGAAAAUUAAAGAGUUUUCCUCUCUUGAAUAGAUUCAAAAUCUUUCCAAGUUCUUUGUAACUGAAUUCUGUUUGAAGGCAAAACUAGAGAUUAACAUGUAGAUCUGGGUCCUAGACUCACCAGCACUAUUCAAAGUGGCUUAAGAAGAGCAACAUUUUUUUUGAUGCACUAAACUUUACAAUUCCAAAUACUAUUCUUCAUACUCUGAGAAAAAAGGUAUUGAUCAAGUUAUGAUUUGCCAAAACAAAGUCCAAAUUAUUGCUGAAUAUAAAGUUCAUUUCUUUCUUGAAAAGAGUACAGGAUUUUUUAAAUAUAAUAGAAAAAUAUCUGUAUGUGUUUAUGUCUUACACACAUAUUUGUCCCACUGUGGGGUACAUUUACACAUUUGUAUGCAUUCCACCUGAAAUACAUGAGCAACAUACAGUUCACGUGUGUCUACUACAUGCCUGUGACAAGGUAGGUGUUCAGUCUCUGCUGAUCUUCAUGAAAACUUGUACAUUUAUUUUCUGCUGAAUACAUUUUCAUGUUAAAAAUUUCCAAGGCAUUGUAAUAAAUAUUUUUAAAUCUCUCCAAUUCAUUUACAUAUGUAAGUUCCCUAUUUAUACAUAAUAUAUACUGUCUGUAAGGUUGGCUUUAUUUCAUUGAAGAAAAACUGAUUUAAACUGUUGGUGUUUUUAGUUUGUAGGCAAUCUGCCAAAUUUGAAAUAAAAUAGAACAUAGACAUGCA